AUGGAAAUUUACGGUGAUGAUAAUAACAAUCGUUACACAUCUCGAUGGUCGGUUAGCGAGCUGAGAGAUCGUCAAACGAACAUAUCAGUCUUCGCACGAAUCAAUGAAGAAUACAUAGAUGCUGAGCAUUUCUUUGACUUUGUAAGGAAAACCACCUCGAUCCUGUUCCAAACAAAAGCAGCGUCGUUUCUCUUUGCAAUUUCUCUUAUUCUACCGAUUAUUAUGAUUAGUGUUGGCAUCUCAAAUCUGGAAGAAUGUCCAUUAAACCGUAAUAUUCCGGUGUUUGUUCUCGUUGGCGGUGCUCUAGGUCUGCUUAAAUUAUUACAAGUUCUUUGGAAACAAUACAAUCGCCACAGUGCUCCAACAGAAGAAGAAGGCAACGAUACUCAAAAUGGCUCGGCGUUUAUGGAUGUUCUUACAACACUUUUCCUCGUCAUUUGGUUUAUCUAUGGAAAUCAUUUGAUUUGGUAUCAUCGUCUGCCUCGAUUCGAACAAACGACAGAAGAUCCUGAACAUUGGUGUGCGAAAAACGUCUAUUCCUUAGCAUUGAUUAGCGUCGCUUAUAUGUAUGCAUUUGUUACAUUAACGAUACUUAUUGUUCUUAUCGUUGUCUUUACUGUUCAUUUCCAAUACCGUCGUCGUGCCAUCCAAGAGGCUAAAGAAGCCGGAUGUACAUGA